GAGCGGCCUGCGUGCCGUGCGUGGUGACGCAAUGCAACAACUGCGGGUCCCGAUUGCUGCAGCCGCUUGUCAUUGUGACGAAGAUUGGCACUAAGUUGUGAAGUCUGGCGCUAGAAUGCUCCAGCGUUGCCAGCAGCAACAGUAACUAUGAUGACGUCGCCAUCGUCGGUGUCCAUGGAGGAGUUUCAGGAGACUCAACAGAUGCAGGAGGAGGAGCACUCAGUAGGAGAGACAGAUGAAAGGUUGGAGGAGGAAGAGGAGCGAGAGGAGGAGGAGGAGGAAGAGGAGGAGGAGAGUGCCCCAGUGACAGCCGACCCCCAGACACCCAUGGAGGCCCAAAAAGCCGCCAUCUACAGGCACCCUCUGUUCCCCCUGCUGGCACUUUUGUUCGAGAAGUGCGAGCAGUCCACACAGCGCUCCGAGUGCGUGACGUCGGCCAGCUUCGACAUGGACAUCCAGAACUUUGUGCGGAGUCAGGACAAGGAGAGCAAGUCCUUCUUCAGCGAGGAUCCUGAGCUCGACAACCUGAUGGUGAAGGCGAUCCAGGUGUUGCGUAUCCACCUGCUGGAGCUGGAGAAAGUGAGCGACCUGUGUAAAGACUUCUGCAGCCGCUAUAUCGCCUGCCUGAAGACCAAGAUGAACAGCGAGACUCUACUGAGCAGCACUGAUCCGGCGAGUCCAUACUCACCUACACAGGCUCCGACUCCUAGCUCCUUCGCUGGGACUGUGAGUCCACAGGGGAUCGUAGUACCAACAUCAGCAUUACAACAAGGCAGCCUUACAGUGACUGCAGUAAACCCCACACAGGUGGUGUCAGGUGGCACAGUCUAUCAGCCUGUAACUGUUGUGACUCCUCAAGGCCAGGUGGUUACCCAGGCCCUCUCACCUGGCACAAUACGCAUCCAGAACUCACAGCUUCAGUUGCAGCUGAACCAGGACCUCAGCUUCCUGAGUCAAGAUGAAAACUCGUCUAAGACCAAGCGAGGCAUUCUGCCCAAACACGCCACCAGCGUCAUGCGUUCUUGGCUCUUCCAGCACAUCGGGCAUCCCUAUCCUACAGAAGAAGAGAAGAAGCAGAUUGCACUGCAGACUAACCUCACCCUGCUGCAAGUCAACAACUGGUUCAUAAACGCGCGAAGACGAAUCCUGCAACCGAUGCUGGAUGCCAGUUCAUCAGAGGCGCCCAAGAACAAAAAGAAAACACCACAGACUCGUCCACUUCAGCGCUUCUGGCCAGACUCCCUCGCAUCCUCGGUCUCCCAGCAACAGGUUACCAUGGAAGAUGGUACCAUGGUGUCAGUCAGCAUGGUAGGAGGAGAGGACGGGCUGCAGACGCUGUCGUCGGAUGGAGCCACGCUGGCCAUGCAGCAAGUGAUGAUGGGAGGCCACAGCGAGGAUGACGAAGACGACAAUGAAGAAGAUGAAGAGGACAAUCUAUCCCACUCCGACCUGACCAGACUAGGUCUGGAAACCAGCGACUCACUGUAGGAAUGAGAAAAUAGAUUUACACACACACAUAUACACACACACACUCUGCCAGGGAUGUCGAGAGACACAUUAAAGGAUAUUGUUAAAGAGAUAUUGUUUAAGCAAGUGAAAAACCUUGAAGGAAUAAGACAGAAAACGCAAAGAAAUGAAAGAAGGAGAGACAUUUUCUCACUGUGCGGUCAAGUGCAUGGUCACGUACUGUAUGUCACAAUCGGGUUGUCAAACAUCCUGAUGAUUAAACGAUUGGAAGGCUCAAAGCCACACAAGCCAAAAAAAAAGCAGUUUAUGUACACACACACACACACACACACGCAAAUGAUAAGCACAAUCGUACAACAUGUCUGGGGUUUCUUGCACAGUGAGGAUAUGCACCGGUUUCAUUUCAAAAAUUUGUUUGUUUGUUUAUUUGUUUGUCUGUUCAGCAGCACAAAGGAAACCUCAUGCACUUUUUAGUAUGUUACUGUAAACAGCCAUGUUGAAAACAGCCAAAAGAAAAGAAAAAAAGAAAAGAGAACGCAUAGGUCAAUGCUGGAUGAUUUGGCUUUCCUUUUCCUCGUCACCUUGGAUGAGAUUGUGUCUCUUGCAUGCCUGUGUUUGCGUUGUUUUCUGGCACCAUAGAAGAAGAAACUAUUUUUAUAUUUACACUGCUGAUGAAUCGGUGCCCCUUUGCUUUGGCUCAGUUUUGCUGUGUUUUUUGGGUAAAGGACAAUUUAUGUUGAUGCGAUGAAAAAAAAAAAAGUCACCUUUUUUGAUAUGAUGGCCCAGUUUUGGGGGAAUUUUGAUAAAGCUUAAUACCUGAUAUUACAAAGAAAGAGCUUUUGCUAUAGUCAUAAAUAGGAGAUCAAAUAAAUACAAGGCCUUAAUUGUUUCAUUUUAAUGAAAUGAAACGGGCCUCACGUUUGUUUUAAUUCAACUGACCAGCACUUCUGCUAUAGCUUUAGUCUGCAGGAAAAACCAACACCCAUUAAAAGAGACAGUGAAUCAAUCGCUUAUAUUUUCCCACUCUGAACUACAGUACUGUUUUACACACCUUCGUCGAUUCUUCCUUCAAACACCACAUUGACCACAGAAACUACAUUGUUCUUCUGGCCAAGUGAACUUGAAUGAAAUAUCAGAUUCAACCCAAUACAAGAUUCAGCACAACACUCUUGUACGUCACUCUGGAUAAGAGCAUCUGCCAUCUUUACAUUUCUGGCAUCUGCCAAAUGCCAGAAAUGUAAAUGCAAUACAUUGCAUUUUCUAUAGCAUUUAGCCUUUUUUUUAAUUUAAAGGAGUUGUUUGCAAUUUUAGAGCCCUCUGCUGCCUAUAAGGUGAAUUGCAAUUGCAAUGAAGACACUGACUCUUGUGGGUUGCCUUUUUAAGGAAAAAGGUGGCGAGCUAAGCUGGAAC